AAAAAAUAUUAUCUUUAAUACCAAAAAAACAACAAGGAGAAGAACAAAAAAAUCUCAACUGUCCUGUCUACAAGUACACAACUAUACAAGCCUAUUGUAUAUUGCAUACGAACGCAUAAAUAAAUUUUGUUAUUUGUGUUAAAGUUGUAAAUUAAUGAGCAACAUGCGUCAAAAGGAUUUGCGCCCAGCACCAGCUCUUAUCGAGUUUAAGGGCAUGAAGUUCCUAAUCACCGAUCGGCCAUCAGAUGUUACCAUCCAUCAUUAUAUAACGGAGCUCAAGAAAAACAACGUGAGCACUGUGGUGCGCGUCUGCGAGCCCAGCUAUAAUACGGACGAGCUCGAAGCUCAGGGCAUCACAGUUAAGGAUUUAGCAUUCGAAGAUGGCACUUUUCCGCCACCACAAGUUGUUGAUGAAUGGUUCGAGAUUUUGAAGCAAAAGUAUCAACAAAAUCCGGAAGCUUGCGUUGCUGUACAUUGUGUUGCCGGUUUGGGACGUGCACCGGUUUUGGUCGCAUUGGCGCUGAUUGAAUUGGGACUCAAAUAUGAGGCAGCUGUGGAGAUGAUAAGAGACAAACGACGAGGCGCCAUCAAUGCCAAACAAUUGUCAUUCUUGGAACGGUAUAAGCCCAAGGCAAGGCUAAAGCACAAAAAUGGCCACAAGAAUUCAUGUUGCGUGCAAUAGAUUUUCCAAAACCAUAUAAAUUCCCACCAGAUGAAAAGUGUUCAUUUUUAAAGAAGAAAAACAAAAACAAAACAAAUAAAACAAACAGAAGUUUAAAAAGAAAACCAAUAAAUGUGAAAUAUGCUACAUACAUUAAUUAAAACAGCAAGCAACAGCAGCAACCACAACAACAAUAGUAACAACGCAAUACAACUACAACAACAACAUCAAAAAACAGCAAUAAAUAAUGAGAAAAUGCCAGCAAGUCCAUGAACACUGAAGGGCAAACGCAGUGAGCGUAACAACAACAACAACAACAACAGCAACAAUAACAACGAGGCAAACAACAAGCAGUGCAUUGGAACACACUCGUCAGCUUUUGCAGGCAGCGCAAACACAAUCAAUCAAUUAUACACAAAUGUAAAUAUGUGAAACUGACAGCAGACCAUUAAACACCAGCAAGCAACAGCAACAACAACAAAAAACACCAACAACCACGGUCGGCUUGGCAUAUUACAGCAUACAACCGGGCGCUUUAAAGAACGCCGCUGCUAAACUUUCUACUGACACUAGCAACUGUAAAAUAUGUAAACCUGCCGCUUGGCGCUUUUCUCUACUUUCUCCCCACAUUUACGGCGCGUUGCAGCGUGUGUGGCACUUUGUAUAUGUGUGCGUGUUAGCAUAUUCUUUAUUGUACUUCCAAAAAAAAAAAAACACACGCACGCACGCACAUCGCAGCACUCGCGGCCACGCGCAUGUAAACUACAACAACAAUAGCAAUAGCAACUCAACACUUGAACUCUGACAAUGAACGCCAACACUUUUUUGACUUUAAAGUUCACUUUUUAUUUGAUGAUGAUUAUAUAAUGAUGUUCUAACAAGAAUGAAGCAGAAAGAUAUUUGAAUUUUGUUUUUAUUUUAUAAUUUUUUUUUUGUAUUAAAGUUAAGGCAUAUAAAAGUAAAGUUUAAAAAAAUAUUAUAAAUUAAAAAAAUAUUAAAAAUUAAAUAAAAAAAGAUGAAAAAUGAAAAUGUUUUUUGUAAGUGCAACCAACAACAACACAGAGCUAGUAAACUGAGAAUGUAAAGACGCAAAACGAAAACAAUUUAAUUAUUAGUUUUAAUGUUAAAUUAAACAGAAGAAGAAGAAGCAGCAGCAGCAGCAAAAAGUAAAUAAUAUUUAUAUACUUACUAACAAAAUACAAUGCGUAGUUUUGUUUUUGUUUUCGUUUCCUACGUUUUUGCUUAAAUUAAUUUUCUUCACUAAACUUUCUUUACAUUUUUUUGUUUUUGUAAUCAAUUAGUGUGUACGUACUCAUGUAUUUGUACUUAUAUACAUAAAACAAUUGUAAGCAUUAUGCAUAUGUGCAACAAUAAAAACAAUACAAACAAAACACAUUAUAAUAAUAUUACUAAAUAAAAUUAAAACAAAAACAAAAAGCAAGCAAAUUUGUAAUGAAAUGUAAGGAAAAUCGAUUAUGUAUGAUAUGCGCAACAAUAAACAAGUAGAAAUCGCUAAAAUUGUUAAGUAAACAUAAAGAAACAAACAAACAAAAAAAACAACAAUCAAAGCAAGCAUUGUUCUAAAAAAAAAUAUAAAAAUUAUAAAAAAUCAA